AUGACCGUCGUUGCUUCUAAAGCCUUAUCCCAUGUGAGAGAUUCUUUUUCUACGUCUUUGCAACGAUCACAACCAGUAACCAAUGACAUUCCAAUGCAACAACAGCAACAAGGACAACAUCGAGAACAACAUCUACCUACUCUUACAGCACAGGAGAAAGAAACAAAUAUGAUCAUGCUGGAAUCAAAGCAGGCGGAUGGGUACCUGCUGGCAGGGCAAUUUAAUGAAGGACAAAGGCGCUAUUCGAAAGGCCAAACUAUCCAUGCUGAUUCAUUGCCAAAAGUCCCAUUGAGAAAUCCACACUGCUGGGAGCUACGCCGUUCCCUCAAGAAGCUCAACAUGCGACGGGGAGCUUUCAUCUACUUGUUCCCAUAUCAUGUUUCAUGCAUCAUUUUCGAUCAUUUGUCACACUACGAGCUUACCACGUGUUUGGAUGUUUGCGAAUUAUGGAGCCACUUUAUUCUGCAAUGGCCGGGGUUCUGGGACACACAUCGUCAUAAACAUGUAUUUAUUGACCGUACAGUGGCUAGCUCAUUUUUGGAUGACAAGAAUGACCAUUUCCGUAUCCCAAGUUACGUUGACAACAGGAUUCUAGGCCCAAUGCUUAAGUUUGUGGUAGCAACAAGUUCAUGGAGAUACAAACAUUUAGAGUUUGAGCACAUGUCCUUGAAGAAGGAACACAUUGACUUGGUUUUGGAAGCAGUACAAUCACCCAAUUCCAUAGGCGGUGUCCUCAACUGA